UCUCUUUACGUGGUUGCUGAGAUGGAGCGAUCUCUGGUGGGGUGUGCCAAGGGCGAGCACUUCCACGUGGUCACGCCUCUGCUGGAGAGCUGGGCACUGUCCCAGGUGGCGGGCACAACUGUCUUCCUCAAAUGUGAGAAUGUGCAGCCAGCCGGCUCCUUCAAGAUCCGGGGCAUCGGGCAUUUCUGCCAGGAGAUGGCCAAGAGGGGAUGCAGACACCUGGUGUGCUCUUCAGGGGGCAAUGCAGGUGUCGCUGCUGCUUACGCUGCUCGGAAGCUGGGCAUCCCCGCCACCGUCGUGCUCCCUGAGGGCACCUCCCUGCAGGUGGUGAAGAGGCUGCAGGGAGAGGGGGCCGAGGUUCAGCUGAGUGGAAAGGUAAGGACCCCAGAAGGGAGAGAUGAGCUGGAGUGGGCUGUUCCCCCCUCACCCCAC